CUCGUGGCUUUGCGGAACUUGGCGCUCACCAGAGGAAGGAAUGGCGCGCCAAUCUGGGUAUGACCGCCACAUUACCAUCUUUUCGCCCGAGGGCCGCUUGCACCAAGUAGAGUAUGCGUUUCAGGCUGUGAAGAAGAACCAGAAUAUGACAUCAGUGGCUCUGCGAGGAGAUGACAGUGUUGUUGCAGUGACACAGAAGAAAGUCCCUGACAAGCUGAUGGACAAGGAUUUCGGCACACACCUCUACAACAUCACUCCCAACGUGGGGUGCCUGAUGACGGGCAUGAGUCCAGAUGCUCGAGCUCUGGUGUACAGGGCAAGAGAGAUUGCAGCCAAGUUCAAGGACAAGAAUGCCUACGAAAUCCCGGUUCACUACCUGGCCUUGAAACUGGCAAACAUUGCACAGGUCUAUACCCAGCAUGCCUACAUGCGACCCUACGGUGUCAGCACCAUGCUGCUCUCCCUUGAUGAUGAGAAGGGCCCUUCGCUGUACCAGAUUGAUCCUGCUGGCCAAUAUUUUGGAUACAAAGCCGCUGCUGCCGGGACGAAGGACCAGGAGGCCCAGAACGCCCUCGAGAAAAUCGUGAAGAAAAAAAUCCAAUUCACUGAAGCAGAGACCAUCCAACAGGCAAUUGGAUGCCUGCAGGCUGUCAUGGGUAUGGACUUCAAGGCCUCCGACAUCGAAGUUGGAGUGGUGUCCAAGUCUAGGAGGGGAUUCUACCGGCUCACUGAAGCCGAGAUCGAUGGCCACCUGACCGCCAUCGUCGAGAAGGAUGCUUGAGCUGAUGCUGAGCUGGCGGGUCAUUGCUCAGACACAAGGCAUGCAGAAGUACGUGUAGCACAAGACGGGAC